AACACUUCAGGACAGCGGAUUACUCUGUUCUGGUCCUGAAUUAGUAAUGUCCAAGGAAAGUGUCCUGUUUGGCAAUGCCAGCAUUACCGGUGGGUGAGGAGUCGCUCCCUGGACAGUAGAAUCCCUCCCUGCAGAGUCCAGUCGGCCUGACCAGGCCCACAGAUCCACAGAACCACCCCGGAGGACAGGGCCGACACCCAGGCAGCUCGGUCACAUGGAGACUGCUCAGGGGGGACAGAGAAGCAGUGCUUCACAGCUCUUGCGGAGACGGGAGGGGUGUUACCGGUGUGGCUGUGCUGGCACCCCCCAGGCAAAAGAAGCCAGGACUGCAGGCGCCCUGAGGAGUGAGCAACCCAGGAUUUCGACAGAACAUUCCGGCGUCACAGGGCCCACAGUGUUGGACGCUUUCGCCACCGGCCUGCCCUAAAAAUCAUCAGACUGAUCUCUCUCAGUGAAGAGUUAUGGAGUCAGACUGUGGAUCAUGUGACUAUGGCGGCUUGAGCUCUGUCUGUCACCUUCGGGGCAGUAGUGCCCAGAGCUGCACCUCCCCGACGGUGCUCCAACCCCCGCCAUGCAGUACCAGCCGCGGGGGCACAGGCCACACUCCGCCUCAGACUCCAGGCCACUGCGCUGGCUCCAGUUGCAGUGUGAGAGGCAAGCGCCUACGAGAGCAGUGCGUCGCCAUGACACAAACAGCGCUUCUCCUCCUGUCCCUCGCUGGUCUGAAUCUGCUCGGAGUCGGAGGCAGUGCAGCGACUGACAGGCGAACAGCCGUGCCCCAUGAAAUCGUCUAUGCUACACUGGGGCUGCCACUCAACCUCACCUGCACGUAUAACUGCUCCUCUGGGUGGGUGAGGGGCGACUGGUGUCCUUGGAAAGUGGGGCAGCCUGACUGCCAACCUGUACAGUCAAAGGUCAGCAUCUCAGAGCACGGCGGUGUGUGUGGCGUUACCCUGUCCCUGCGCCUGGCCUCAGCUGACCCCGCCGCACACAACUACUCCUGCUUCUCCCAGGACACCAACAGUCCGGAGCUGUCUCACCGGGCAGAGCGACACGUGAUGGUGCAGGUCCAAGCCCCACCCAGUUCUCCAGUGCUGACAUUAUCAAGGGAGGAAUCUGGAUCCUCAAAAGUAACCUGUACUUCCGGGGGCUUCUACCCAAAGACGGUGACAGUCACAUGGUCCCAUAAUGGCUCCCCAUUGGAUGGGGCCAAAGACAUCAUUGUGAGGCCUGAGCCGAAUGGAACGUUCUCUGUCUGCAGCACGAUCACUCUCGGCUCCUUAACCCCCCAUGACAGGGGCACCAUGAGCUGUGAAAUCCAUCAUGUGGCCCUCAGCCAACCCCUGAGGUGUGACAGGAGCCUGGGGGAGGGGCAUCCUUCUCUGCAGGUGUAUUACAGCAGAGAUGCUGAGAGCUCAGACAAGACUGUGCCUGUCUCUGACACCAUCAGAACAAGUGUGGGUGGGUUCCUCAGGCUCUACUGCCAUGUUGAUGGCCAUUCCUCCUCCACCGUGCACUGGUUCAGGAGAAGCAGCACCUCCCAGUGGCUAAGCGUGGGUACUGACACAACACUUACAAUGCGUGAGGUGAAGCAGGAGGACAUGGGAAGCUACAUGUGCCAGAUGGGUGUGUUCAACAGCUCUGUGAUGGUGGAGAUAGACGCAGCUGGCUCGACUCUAUGGCUUAAGACCCUUGCUGUGACCAUGCUCUUUGUUGCCAUGGUGCUCGCAGCUGCUGCUGCAUUCUUCUGCAUUACCCAUAAGGCCAAGCACCGAGGUGAUUCUGUUAACAGGAGUAAAAGUGAACCAACAGUAAAUGAAGGGAGAGCAGCAGUGGCCAUGCAAGCAGGCGAAUGCAUGAGGAAUUGGGAGAACGUGGCUGUCAGGGUAACAGAAGCAGGCUGCCAGAGUGAACAGGAGGUACCAUACGCUGACAUCAUCAUUUCUGUGCGAGGAUCCAGCUCACCAGAGCUCUCAAAUGCUCCUGACUCAGCACCAGGGAAUUAUGGGAAGCGAUGGCAGGGGGAGGCCUCGCGAAGUGCCCUACUUCAGACGUCCCGCUCAGCCGACCGGCUCCAUGUCCAUCAGAGGGAGGUGGCCAGGAAGAUGAGCACUGGCUCGGAAUAUGCUGUCAUCACCUACUAUCCUUUGCCAAUGAGCUAAGGGCCACGGACUCAGAGCUGCCCCCUGCUGUGUGUUUGUUACCAUGGCACAGUGUUCGUGUGCUUUUUAGAUAUCGCUUAGUAACCGCUUACUGGUCUCAUAAACAGUUGUGUUGAACAUACCUGAUAAUGCAGUGAUGUCAUACAUGAAAGGCAAACUAUGCCAAGUUGACUGCAAGUAUUUUUAUCCUAAUAAAUAUUUUAAGAUUUU